CUCUUGCAGAAAGUCCCAAAAAACGCAAUUAAGGAUAUAGCUUGUAUAUCGGAAAGUGAACUGUUCACUACAUAUGUCGAUCCUAUACUCUCAUCUCUUGUAUCUGAUCCAGAAAGGAAUACGUUAUUGAGAUGGUCGAACAAAAAAUCUGAAGAAAAUAAUUUUCGCCCAGACGCCACUGUCACUAAGUUGAAAUAGAUGAAAUAUUAUCACAAUCUUGGACACGGAGAGAUAAAGGUAAAUUACUGCAGCAAUCAUACUUUGGCACUUGAUCUAUUGAGAAUCAGUAUCCUUGCCAAGGACACUCUUGAUUUCUACAAGCUGUCAAAUUCAUUUGGAUUUCAAGUAAGCGACUUUACAGUUGUCUUUUAUCUCAUGUCCCUGGAAUUCUAUGGUAUUUACACAAUGACAGAAAUUGCCCGAAUCAAAUUACCAAAGUCGAUAAAUGAAUUAGCAGCCUUUCUCAGCCAAAAGAAUUUCCGUUCAUUACUUUAUGUUUGCCAAGUAUUCUGGUCCAACUGUAGUAUUGCCUCUGAUCAGAAAGAUGUGACCGAACGCUACCGUCCGAUAAUUGAAAAUCUCUACCGGUUGAUUGAUGUAAGCAAAAACAGAUACCGCGAAUGCUCUCUUUACUUUGAAGCAUAAAAUCUUGGCUAUUGUUACUUUCGUAUUUCUCCCCUCAUCGGUAUCAAUAUUUAUUAUUUUACCAAUUAUGAA